AUGCGGACAGCUCCAUAUGGCUCCAAGAUGGCUGACACAGCGUCCGGGGGCUCUGGCACGCGGGCGGGCAGCAAGCAGGCGGGCACUCCAGCGGACAAUUACCACCUGGCACGGCGCCGGACGCUGCAGGUUGUGGUCAGCUCGCUCCUGACCGAGGCCGGCUUCGAGAGCGCCGAGAAAGCCGCGGUGGAAACGCUGACCGAGAUGAUCCAGAGCUAUAUUUCAGAAAUUGGGAGGAGUGCCAAAUCCUACUGCGAGCACACAGCCAGGACCCAGCCCACGCUCUCGGACAUCGUGGUGACCCUCGUGGAAAUGGGGUUCAAUGUGGAAACUCUUCCUGCCUAUGCCAAGCGUUCCCAGAGGAUGGUGAUCACUGCCCCUCCAGUGACAAACCAGCCUGUGACCCCCAAAGCCCUGACAGCUGGGCAGAACAAGCCUCAUCCACCCCACAUUCCCAGCCACUUCCCAGAGUUCCCAGAUCCUCACACGUACAUCAAGACACCUACCUACCGGGAGCCGGUGUCUGACUACCAGGUGCUGCGGGAAAAGGCAGCUUCCCAACGCAGGGAUGUGGAAAGGGCCCUCACACGCUUCAUGGCCAAGACAGGAGAGACCCAGAGCCUCUUCAAGGAUGAUAUCAGCACAUUCCCAUUGAUUGCUGCCAGGCCUUUCACUGUGCCCUACCUGACAGCUCUGCUCCCCUCCGAGCUGGAAAUGCAGCAGAUGGAGGAGACGGAUUCCUCGGAGCAGGACGAGCAGACGGACACCGAGAACCUCCCGCUGCACAUGAGCACGGAUGAUGCAGGACCUGAGAAGGAGAACACCUCAGUGCUGCAGCAGAACAGCUCCCUGGCAGGCAGCAGGAACGGGGAGGAGAACGUGAUCGACAAUCCCUACCUGCGGCCCGUGAAAAAACCCAAAAUCCGCAGGAAGAAGUGAGGGGAGACCCAAAAUUCCUUUGGCUGCUCUGGGAAACACACACGGGGUCAGGAGAGGCAGUCCAGCUGAAGAAGGAUCUCUCUGCAUGGUGAACUGCACUCCCAUCCUGCUUUCCUGUGCUCCCUCUUCCUUCUGCUCACUGGGAUGGUCCAGGAAAACCACCUGGGAAUUGUCUGGGGGACUUGGGAUUCCACCGUGGGGAGGAUUUCUUUUCUGAAGAGCUGAGGGACCCAGGGCUUGGAUUUGGAGGGCACAGGAGCUGGAUCUGUGGGACACAGGGACUGGAUUUGGAUUUGGGUUUGGAUUUGGGUUUGGAUUUGGAUUUGGAGGACACAGGGGCUGGAGCUGUGGGACACAGGGACUGGAUUUGGAUUUGGGUUUGGAUUUGGGUUUGGAUUUGGAUUUGGAGGACACAGGGGCUGGAGCUGUGGGACACAAGGAUUGGAUUUGGAUUUGGAUUUGGGUUUGGAUUUGGAUUUGGAUUUGGAUUUGGAUUUGGAGAGCACAGGGGCUGGAUCUGUGGGACACAGGGACUGGAUUUGGAUUUGGGUUUGGAUUUGGGUUUGGAUUUGGAUUUGGAGGACACAGGGGCUGGAUCUGUGGGACACAGGGAUUGGAUUUGGGUUUGGAUUUGGAUUUGGAUUUGGAGAGCACAGGGGCUGGAUCUGUGGGACACAGGGAUUGGAUUUGGAUUUGGACUUGGAUUUGGGUUUGGAUUUGGGUUUGGAUUUGGAGAGCACAGGGGCUGGAUCUGUGGGACACAGGGAUUGGAUUUGGAUUUGGA